UACGUUAUUGUCCGAGGACAAGUUCCUCUUUGAAUUCUGCUUAUGGCGGAAGGUUUAGUGCACUUAAAAAAAAGUUUUAAGUUUAAAAGUACACUAAUCAUCCUUCUCUGUGGCGGCUCAGCUCCCAAUACUGCAUCUAUUUCUCUUCAAUUCGGAUCUUAAAAAGAUCCAUAAUCCGAUCCAUCGUCCUCCUCCUCUUCCUUCUUCAAAUCCAAAUCCCUAAAUUCCCCUUUUCCCUUUUACUCUGCAAAACCUACACAUACACACUCUCUCUAUAUCUAUCUAUUCAUUUCCCCCUUUUCAACUUUCACUAAUGGCUUCUUCACCUGGCAAUAAUAAUCCAAAUCAACCCGCUACUGGCCCUUUCGAUAUUCACAAAUUCUUCAACCCUAAUCCCCAAAACCCUAAUUUCAUUUCUCCCCCUAACGCUUCUUAUCCACCCCCCACAGGAGUCGGUGCUACUACCGGAGUUGUCACCGGUGCCGGAGUUUACCCCUAUCAUCCCCAAUUCACACACCACUUACCUCAACAGCAUCAUCAACAGCAACAACAAAGAUCCAUGUCUUUCCCUACCCCACCACUUCAACCACCCACACCCCCACCUCACCAUUACCCGAACCCGAAUCCUAAUCCUAAUCCGAAUCCAGGUGCGAGGUUAAUGGCUUUGUUAAGUGCUCCCCCUUCGACUCUUGAAGUUCCUGUACCUGGUCAAUCGAGUAUGCCGAUGCCGAGUAUACUGCCUACUACUUCCGGGUCGGAGAUUUCGGAUUUUGGAGGUCCGGGACCGAUGAGAUUGCCGAGUAGUAAGUUACCGAAAGGGCGACAUUUGAGUGGUGAUCAUAUUGUUUAUGAUAUAGAUGUUAGGUUUCCUAGUGAAGUGCAGCCACAGCUGGAGGUUACGCCAAUUACUAAGUAUGGUUCGGAUCCUGGGCUUGUAUUAGGCAGGCAAAUCGCGGUUAAUAAGACAUAUAUAUGUUAUGGAUUGAAGUUGGGAGCUAUUCGGGUUCUGAAUAUUAAUACUGCAUUGAGAUCAUUGCUUAAAGGUCUUGCUCAGAGGGUCACAGACAUGGCUUUCUUUGCAGAGGAUGUUCAUCUCUUGGCUAGUGCGAGUGUUGAUGGCCGGGUUUAUAUAUGGAAAAUUACUGAAGGACCAGAUGAAGAAGAAAAGCCACAAAUUACAGGAAGGAUUGUCAUUGCUAUUCAAAUUGUGGGUGAAGGGGAAUCUGUUCACCCACGUGUUUGUUGGCAUUGUCAUAAACAAGAAAUUCUUGUGGUUGGAAUUGGGAAACGCAUUUUGAAAAUUGAUACCACGAAAGUGGGAAAAGGUGCAGUAUUUUCAGCUGAUGAACCUCUCAGGUGUCCUGUUGACAAGUUGGUUGAUGGUGUACAACUUAUUGGUACCCACGAUGGAGAAGUGACUGAUUUAUCAAUGUGCCAGUGGAUGACCACUCGUUUGGUUUCUGCUUCAGUGGAUGGCACGAUAAAGAUAUGGGAAGACCGGAAGCCACUUCCAAUCGCAGUUCUCAGGCCUCAUGAUGGUCAUCCUGUUAAUUCUGUUACCUUCUUGGCUGCCCCACACCGCCCAGAUCACAUCAUACUCAUCACUGGGGGUCCUCUUAAUCGGGAAAUAAAGUUAUGGGCAUCAGCAAGUGAAGAAGGCUGGUUGCUUCCUAGUGAUGCUGAGUCUUGGCGGUGUACGCAGACGUUGGAGCUGAAGAGUUCAGCUGAGGCUAAUGUCGAAGAGGCUUUUUUUAACCAAGUUAUAGCCUUGUCUCAAGCAGGUCUGCUCCUACUUGCUAAUGCAAAAAAGAAUGCUAUAUAUGCUGUGCAUCUGGAGUACGGCCCGAACCCGGAGGCUACCCGGAUGGAUUACAUAGCCGGAUUUACAGUGACCAUGCCAAUUUUGAGUUUCACUGGGACGAGUGACCUAUUGCCCCAUGGCGAACAGAUUGUGCAGGUGUAUUGUGUACAGACGCAGGCCAUUCAGCAAUAUGCGUUGGACUUGUCCCAGUGCUUACCACCUCCAACAGAGAGUGUGGUUUUCGAAAGGACAGAAUCCGGUGUUUCGCGUGAUGCUGCUAGUAUUGAAGGACUUGCUCCUGUUGAUCCCCCUGGAAGUAAACAGGAGGUGUUUCCUUUAUCUAGUUCUGCACCUAAACAGGAGGUGUUUCCUUUAUCUAGUUCUGCACCUAAAUCAUCAGUACAUGAAAUUGGCUCGGAAAUUUCACCAACAGCUAGAUAUCCUACAAGUACUGUACCUACUGAAUCGGCCCCCUCUCAAGAAUUCGCUUCCUCCAUUGUAGAAACUAAAUCGUCUACUUUGCCCUGUGUAACUAGUGACAGUGAUAUUGCCCCCAGUGCAUCCCCCCCCCCUCCUUUGAGUCCUAAGUUGUCUCGAAACCCAUCUGGUUUUAAAGGUCCGUCAAACAGCUUUGGGGCUAACGCCUCUGAUAAUGACCAGGUUGGAAAUCUAAAAGUUGGUGAAUAUCCAGUUGAUUCGCCGAAGGAUGGCACGCUCCCAAACUUGUCCUCUGUUGCUUCCUUGGAUGAUGAACCCAAAAUGUCAAGGGAUGAUGUUCCCUCUGGUAUCAGUCAUCCUGUUAAGUUCAAGCACCCAACUCAUUUGGUGACUCCUUCAGAAAUAUUGAUGGCUAGAUCAUCCUCUGAGGUUAGCAUUGUUAAUGAGCAGAAAAAUGAGUCUGAAGUGAAUAUCCAGGAUUCUGUAAAUAAGAAUGACACCCGCAAUGUAGAGAUGGAGGUUAAAGCUGGCGGUGAAGCGAAAUUCAGUGAGAAAACUGAUAUUGGCACUCAAGAACUUCAUUCUUUCGUGUCAGAAAAUAAGGAGAAAGCCUUUUGCUCUCAAGCUUCUGAUCUUGGAUUCGAAAUGGCUCGAGAAUGUCGUGCCUUAUCUCCUGAGAACUAUGCUGUAGAGGAAUCUAGGCAGUUUGAUGGGGUUAAUGGAAGUGAGGGACCAUCUCAACCUUCAACUACACCAGAAGAAAAUCAUGACUCUUCAAAGGAGAUCUCGGAAAAGGAUUUAGACUCAACAAUGUCUGCCUCUGCUCAUCAGUCACCAGCUCCCAGUGCGAAAGGGAAAAAGCAAAAGGGGAAGAAUUCUCAAGUAUCUGGCCCAUCUUCAUCAUCUAGUGCUUUUAAUUCAACAGAUUCUCCAAAUGAGGCUGUUGUCAGCUCAAGUACCCCUUCUAUGGAAACUGCUUUUUCACAAAUUUUGUCCGUGCGUGAGAUGCUAAAUCAGGUUCUGACUCUGCAAAAAGAAACACAAAAGCAGAUGGAAACGAUGGUUGCUGUUCCCGUGGCCAAAGAAGGAAGAAGACUUGAAGCUGCCUUGGGACGGAGCAUGGAAAAAUUUGUGAAGGCCAAUUCUGAUGCUUUAUGGGCUCGUUUACAAGAAGAGAGUGCAAAACAGGAGAAGUCUCUUCGUGAUCGUACACAACAAAUAACCAAUUUGAUCUCUAACUGCUUAAACAAGGACAUGCCAGGGCUGAUGGAAAAAUUAAUGAAGAAAGAACUAGCAGCUGUUGGACAAGCUGUGGCACGCAGUAUUGCCCCAACUAUUGAGAAAACUAUAUCAGCUGCAAUUUCUGAGGCAUUCCAGAAAGGAGUUGGUGACAAGUCAGUGAGCCAACUAGAGAAAGCAGUAAACUCCAAACUCGAAGCUACUGUAGCUAGACAAAUCCAAGCACAAUUCCAAACCUCUGGCAAGCAAGCUCUUCAGGAAACACUGAAGUCUACUUUGGAAGUCUCAGUGAUCCCGGCCUUUGAGAUGUCAUGCAAGGCAAUGUUUGAGCAAGUAGAUUUAACAUUUCAGAAAGGCUUUUCUGACCACUUGGUUGCUGCACAACAACAAUUUGAGUCCAUGCAUUCACCAUUGGCACUUACUCUAAGAGAUGCCAUCAAUUCAGCAUCGGCAAUGACCCAGACAUUGAGCGGAGAGCUUGCUGAUAGUCAGAGACAGUUGCUUGCUCUUGCAGUUUCUGGAGCAAAUUCCCAAUCAGCAAAUCCACUGGUUAGCCACAUGAAUAAUGGAUCAUUGCUGCAGGACAAGAUUGAGACACCUCCAGAUCCAACCAAAGAGUUGUCUAGACUAUUAGGGGAGCACAAGUAUGAGGAAGCAUUCACUGCAGCAUUACAAAGGAGUGAUGUGUCAAUUGUCUCAUGGUUAUGCUCUCAGGUUGAUUUGCCUGGGAUUUUAUCCUCGAAUCCUCUCCCAUUGAGUCAAGGAGUGCUCCUUUCACUUCUUCAGCAGUUGUCGUGUGAUAUUGGCACAGAGACAGGCCAAAAGCUCUCCUGGAUGGGAGAUUUGCUACCUGCCAUAAAUCCAACUGACCCAAUGAUUGCGAUGCAUGUUCGGCCUAUCUUUGAGCAAGUAUAUCAGAUAUUACAUCAUCGCAGAAAUGUCCCUAACGCGCCACCUGCUGAAGUUUCAAACAUUCGGCUGAUUUUGCAUGUUAUCAAUUCGAUGCUGAUGAUCGGUAAAUGAUGAUAUCAAGAACAAUGAUCAUGUUUGUUGAAUAUAGAAAAAGCCUGUACAAAUCCUAGGGAUUCUCACGGAAAGGCUAAGUCGUCGUACUGGAGAUUUGAAGUGUAGAGUGUACACCAACCUCCUAUUAUCUCUUUUUUGUUCUACAUUUUCUGGGUAAAUUCUGUAAUCAUUUUGCCUGAAUUGUUAAGUUGUAGAGACUUAUCCCCCCCCCCAAAAAAAAAGAAUUUUCGAGUUGUAGAGUUGGUUCUUUUGAGUGAGUUUUAUACAAAAUUUUGUGCUUGUACAUUGUUACUAUCGAUACUUCAAUUUCAAGUGGAACUCAAUAUGUCGUUCUGAUA